CCCUCAACCACCUCAACAAAAAGAGAAAAUCUAGGCGGCGGCGGCGAGUUUCCCUGCCUGUUUAGCCUCAGACCCCAUCUCAACCCGAGAACGACGGCCGGUUGCAAGGAGACGGAGAUGGAAUUCGGGGAGAUAGAGAGGGCAUCCGGCAAGGAGAAGGGGAAGGGAUCCGGCAAGGAGAAGGUGAGGGAGAUGAUUCUGGUCGGGGAACUCCGGAAGAUAGAGAGAGUAUACGAGAACGAGAUGAAGUUGAAGAUGGAAUCCGGAAAGGAGAUGGAUUGGGUUCGGAAAUUUCGGAAGCUGGAUGGGGACUUCGGGGAAGAGAUAGUGAAUUCGGGAGAUAUGAAUUUGGUUCGGAGAUUUCGGACGAUGGAGAGGAAAUAUAGGGAGGAGAUGGAGAUCCGGUCGAAGAAGGAUAUGGGGCGGACCACGUACGUUGUCCGCAAUAAGAGGGAGGACACGUUCCGCAGCAGUACCAAAACUGAGAUCAAAAGGAGGGAGGCCACGUUCCAUAGCAUAGAUAAUGAAAGCCUUGCCGACGCUCUUUGUCGCCAUAUUAUUAUCCAGAGGAGGGAGAUCACCGCCCUGGAGAGACAGGUCGAAUCACGAGGGUUGGAGACGAUCGCCGGAAAGAAGGCUUAUCUAGAGAGGCAAAGAAAAAAAGGAGGGAUUUACGCUCCACAGCAGUUGCCACCCGAGAUGAUAGAGAUGUCCAAGUUGUCUGUCCAGAACAUUGACUCAGAUGCAAUCAACUUGCUCUGGGUAAGUUUGCCCUAUCUUGUUCUCAGCCAGAAGGAAGCACUUCAUUUUCUUUUGCAUGAGUGUCACGAAUAUGCAUAUCGGAUACAAUCUUUUGCAUCUAUACUGAGGAAAUCCAGUAUCCCCAUCAGGUUGGACAAGCUCAAGAAGCUCCGUAUUUUAUCCGAAACAUUUGUGGCUAUCUCGGAUUAUAUAAAGCGUUCAUGUGAACCCUUACAGAAAGAGAUUGUAGAUGAUCCAAUUGUUGCUAAGCGAGUGAAUUUGGAUGAUCUUAGUUCUUACCAUGCCGCCUGGAAAUCUAUAUGGGGCAGUCAGAUAGCAGGAUGUGGUUCGUUUGAUGACAUAACCACGUUGAGCCCUAUGCAAUUUACGCACUCCACGCCUGGUAUCUUUCCACACGCUGCUGUUGCCGGUCCAGCCCUGCAGAUCUUCUCCAUCAAAAUUGUGAAUGUGCAUGCCAACUUGCGCUGGCCGCUCCGUGUGUACGGGGUGGUUGCUGCACGAGACAUCGUGGACCGCAACCGCAACCUUCUCUUCUCCCGGUCAAGGGCAAACUGCCAAGAAGUCACCGAAGCGGAUCCUUUUUUGCUCUUGACUGGCCCUUCUCGUGCAAUUGUGGCUGCGGACACGGUUAAAUUUGAAGUUGAGCUUAGAAUUAUGUAUGCUGGAGCAGAUACCAAAGAUACAGUAUUGUUCUCUUCUACCUAUAAUUACUAUUCCAUGCAGCAGUAUGCCAACCCCAGGAUCAGCAGCUGCUGUGGUAUGUUAGAGUUAAGUGUUGGGCGCCUUACUAGAGCGGUCCAGGCCACUAUCGUGGGUGUCCGUGUUGUUGAAGGGGAGUGGCCUUUUCAAUAUGGAUGCCGGGUUUCUUGCUACUUAUCUCCUGAUGAAGAUCUUGUUCCGACUACACCUACGGAAGUCGUGUUAGUUAACUGUAAGGUUGAGGAAAUGGAGAAACAGUCUGAUGGUUACGUAAAUCUGUCAAGAAAUGUUGUUUCAGUGCAACUAGAGCAAACGCUGAAAGUGGUCAUUCAAGCCUACCCAGAAUCUGGCCUUGAAUAUCUACAUAAUGUUGAGGUUGACUUCCCUGUGAAGCAAUGCCAAACAACCAAGUGUUUAUGUACAGUUGGUAACUCGACGGUUCAGAUCGUUGUUGCUUGGUCCCUUCUUGCCAUGGAUAAGCUGGAUCUUGUGCUGGAGGGGUAUGUUACCCCAGUGUAGAGGGCUAUUAACUUAUAUAGUGUAAGUGUUUGUGCAUCCAUCA